AGAGAAAGAGGAGAGGGGAGGCAGUUUUUGAGAAAGAGAGGGGGGUGUUACUGAGGUUGGAGAAGGAGUGUGUUUGUUGGUUUGCUACUGGACAGUGGAUGAAUGCAGGGAGAGGAUCAGUAAGGUUUCUGAAUGGAAACUGUUGGUUUGCAGGUUCUAGAGAAGAGGUCACCCAUGAACAACAACCAUGGAGGGGAACAUGAUUACAACAGCGGGGACCGGAACCGGAGCUCACUCUGUAACCAUGGUAACAGGUCCCACUGGCACCCCGGACCUCCAGGUUCUGACUGACAGAGUGAAGCUUCUAGAGCACAGCCUGAGAGACAACGUCAGCUCCUUCACUGAGUCUGAGAGCGCUCUGCACAGCAGGAUUAGAGAGUUGGAGGUGUCAGAAAAGAGCCUGCUACAGAAGGUGGAGGACCUUACUUCCAACUCAGUCCUCCACUGCCCCAGCAUGCUGCAGCGCCAGAGGCUGGAUGAGCGGCUCCACGCGCUGAGGGAGGAGGUACGCUCCAUGUCCCAGGAGAAGGAGCGUGGGGAUCGUGUGUGGAGGGAGAGGCUGAGGCGCUGCCAGGCCCAGCUCAGGGCUAAAGAAGAGGAGAUGGGCCGCCAGUCUCAGUACUUUGAGCACUUUAAGAGCCAGCUGCACCACAAGCUAGGCCUGGCCAGAGACAGAGAGCAGGGCCUGCAGACCAGACUCUACCAGCUGGAGCGACCAGUGCUGGAGAUGAACGUAUCUGCUGCCACCUACAUAGCCCCUGUCAACACAGCUAGCACCAACUCCGUUACUGCAGACAAUGUCAAGUCCAUCAUGGUACCAACCUCAGGCCAACAGAGAACAGAGACAGAGAGACUGCCCCACCCAAGGGAGGAAGGAGAAGGAGAGGAGGAGGACGGUGAGGCGAAGACACAGCGGAGACACUACGGACAACAGCUCCAGCAGAAGCAGGGAGUGGAUGGUAGAGAAAUAGAGGGAGAAAGAGAGGGGGAGGAAGGGGAUGAUGGUGAGACUCUGGGGGGUGAGGCUAGACUGAGAAGCUUCAUCCUCAGCCUCCAGGAGGACCUCAGGGUUCUGCUGGAGAGGGAGGAGCAGGGGCUGGCGGAGCAGAGGGGGCUGAUGGAACAGUUGGAGGAAGCGCAGGAGAACAACCACUUCUUGUCCUGUACGUUGGAGGAGAUGAAGACGGUGGUCCACAGACUGAAGCUGACAGAGAGCUCCCUGAUGGAGGAGGUGGAGGAGCUGCAAGAGGAGAACCAGAGACUGUGUCAGAGGGUCAGCCACACUCUGAGACAGACCAACCACAGCCUGGGUUCUACUGACCCCAGCCCUGUCUCUACCCCCAGCCUGGCUACCUCCCUGUCAAACACCCCUGGCCUGGGUCAACCAGUUCCCUGCUCUGUGAACAACACUGACCCGGUGAAGAUGAUCCCAGGCCAGUCUUCACUAGACACAUACCCCUCUGCUCAACACCAUGGAGCAACAGAGAGGUCGCAGGAAAACUCCACUCUGCCUCUGCCCCAGCCGGACCUCCUGAACCUCUCAGGCCACCGUAGCCAGAACCCCGGCCUCAUAUCCCUGGGUACUAAGAGCGUUGAGGGUCUGGGGGAGUUGUCCCUGAGGGACUGGUGUCCUGGUCCUGGGGGCUUCCCCUCUCUCAACCUGGAGGAGGGGACAAGCGAGGAGACUGAGGCCCUGAAAGAGGCUUACAGGAGCAUGGGGGGCGACAUGGACUCACUCCGGGACCACAGGGACCAGCUGGAGAGCACUCUACGACACACACAGGACCAGCUGCACAGGGUGACCGAGGAGAACGCCCGACUGAAAUGUAAACUCAGGGCGCAGGGAGAAACAGGGGCCUGCGAGGUGGAGCUUGUUGGCGAGAGCAUGACAAAUGUCCAGGAAAACAAGGUGUCAACUCCAAACCUCAUACCCCAGAGUUGCAGAGACCUCACUGCAACUCCAUAUCAGAAUGAUACUAUCCUAGCCUUAGCCCAGGAUGACCUGUCCCUGUAUGCCUUAGCCCAAGAUGACCUAGCCCUAGCCUUGAACCAGGAGAACCGGGCCCUGGGCAGGCGUAUCCAGGAGCUCCUAGCCCACAUAGAGAGCCAGGAGGGGGAGAGUGAGAGGGAGCUAGUCCAGCUCAGGCUGCAAGUGUCCCUGCUAGAGAGGGAGAGCACCAGUCUGGAGCAGGAGAACCUGGAGCAGGGAGGUCUCAUCACUGAACUGACCAGGAAGACUGAGGAUGACCUCAACACUAUCAUAGAGCUGCAGGAAAGACGGGUCGAGAAGGGUCAGCUAGGCCUACAGCAGGGUGACAGUGGUUUGACCACUGAGUCAGAGUCAGUGCACGCUCAACAGGGUCAACCCACAGUAGGGGUUGUGACCAGUUUACAAGGUGAUCAGACGCCAGGGUCAGUGAAUAGUGGUGUACCACAGGUUGACCACACGGUUGAGUCAGUGUGUGGUCAGCAGGAGGACCGUUUGACCACGGAGUCAACGUGCAGGCUUAGAGAGAAGAGGGACGAGCUGAUUGGCUAUCUCAGUGAUCUCAAAGAGGAAAGAGAACAGGUAGCCCUCUCACUUAGCAGUCAGACAGAGGAGAAACACCAGCUAACACGCUCCAUGUGGGUUCUGAAAGAAGAACGUGACCAGAUCCAUAAGUCACUCUGCGGUUUAAAAGAAGAGAAAGAACAGCUGACAAGGUCCCUCUGUGGUCUGAAAGAUGAGAGAGACAAGGUGACGCGGUCAAUGUGUGGUUUAAAAGAGGAGAGAGACCAGCUAGUUCAGUCAAUGUUUGGACUCGAGGAGGAGAGAGACCAGCUAGUUCAGUCAAUGUCUGGACUCGAGGAGGAGAGAGACCAGCUAGUUCAGUCAAUGUCUGGACUCCAGGAGGAGAGAGACCAGCCAGUUCAGUCAAUGUCUGGACUCCAGGAGGAGAGAGACCAGCUAGUUCAGUCAAUGUCUGGACUCCAGGAGGAGAGAGACCAGCCAGUUCAGUCAAUGUCUGGACUCCAGGAGGAGAGAGACCAGCUAGUUCAGUCAAUGUCUGGACUCCAGGAGGAGAGAGACCAGCUAGUUCAGUCAAUGUCUGGACUACAGGAGGAGAGAGACCAGCUAGUUAAGUCAAUGUCUGGACUCCAGGAGGACAGAGACCAGCUAGUUCAGUCAAUGUCUGGACUCCAGGAGGUGAGAGACCAGCUAGUUCAGUCAAUGUCUGGACUCCAGGAGGAGAAAGACCAGCUAGUUCAGUCAAUGUCUGGACUACAGGAGGAGAGAGACCAGCUAGUUAAGUCAAUGUCUGGACUCCAGGAGGAGAGAGACCAGCUAGUUCAGUCAAUGUCUGGACUCCAGGAGGUGAGAGACCAGCUAGUUCAGUCAAUGUCUGGACUCCAGGAGGAGAGAGACAAGCUCUCGCAGUCUCUCUUCGGCCAAAAAGAUGAGAGAGACCAGUUGAUGCAGUCAAUGUGUGGUUUAAAGGGACAGAGAGACCAGCUAACACAGACACUCAGCCGUCUAGAGCAGGAAAGAGACAAGCUGUCAUCUCUCAGCCUUCAAACACGAGAGCGGUACCAGGUGGACCAGUUUGUCUCUGAUCUAAAAGAAGAGAAAGAGCAGCUAGUUCAGUCAAUGGAUGUUCAGAGAGAACAGCUCACAGAGGAGAGAGACCAAUUGCAGAUGGACGUCGCUACUCUACGGAAUCAGCUGCUGUUACAGGGGCGGAGCCACAGCCAGCAGCCCUCAGAGAACCACGUUGGCAAGGCAACACGGACAGAGGUUGUGGCUACAGAGAGAGGGGGUCAGAUGCCAAAAAUGCAUGAUGAUGGUAAUGUCACUCAUAGAUGUCUGGCCACAGUCUACUCCUACAAGACCAUCCGUCUGGCACAGUCUGCACAGGACCACUUGGGAGAGAAAGAGGAAACAGAUAUGGAGCAGAGUGAACUGAUGAGGGAGAUCGAGUCGCUGGGGUUAGAACUCAGAAACUCACGGGAGGUACUGAAGAAGACCCAAUCAGAGGCUCAAAGGUGGUACCGUGAGCUGGGUGUGUCUGAGGUCAGACGAGAGGAGGCUGAGAAGAGGGCGGGAAAGGCAGCCAAUGAGGUGAAGGGGAUGAGAGAGGAAACCAAGGAGGUGGAGAAAACAAAGACGGAAAACCACACACUGAGAGCAGAGUUGGGAGAGGUGAAGGGCAGACUAUUGUGUCUGGAGAGAGAGAAGACCGAUGCUCACACACUGAGGAUCAAGAUCCAAGAGAAGUUCAGCUUGCUUCAGGCUGAACUCAAAGCCAAGAGUGUUGCUCUGAAGGAGCUGAGUUCAGAGUACACAUCCCUGAAGGGAGAGCAGGGCAGCAGAGAGGACUGGAGCAACACACUCACCUUACUGAGGGUGCGCUAUGAUGACAUCAGAAAUAAGUACAAUGUCCUCCUGAGAAAGAGUCAGACGGAUCUGGACAUAGCUCCUCUAAAGGCCAAGCUGUCAUGUCUGGUGGUGAAGUGCCAGCAGAGGAACAGUCUACUGGUGCAGUUGAUGCAAGCCCUGCGUCGGUAUGGCUGCCUGGACUACAAUCUGACCCAGGAGGCUGAGGACCUGCUUAAUGACACAGCACUGCAGGACUACGCCAGCACCUUCACACCCCCACCCACUGCAGCUCUGCAGCAGAACACCCACCUUCUCCCACCUGCAGCCUCAGAACGACCGGAGUGCUCACAGACCUCUGCUGCAGCCUCCGCAGCACAGGAGCUGAGUAAAGCUGUGUCUGAAGGCAGUAGGAGGGAACACUUCAGAGUGUGUGUGGCCACAGCAGACUACUGCCCCUCUCCGAACAUGCCUCACACUCUACUGCCAAUGCUGCCCCUUUCUGCGGGUGAAUCAGUCCAAGUUACUGGACUUCCAGACAGACAUGGGAUGUACCAUGCCGAGGUGAAAGGGGAAUCUGGCCUGGUCCCUGCCCGUUUCUUAGAGGAGAAUGGGAGACCACUCAUCCUGACUUCCCCCUCGCCAGAGAGAUGUGCCAGUCUGACUAGGAAGCUGACCAGUCCAGGGAAGAUCAUCAACCUUCACCAGCAGUUGCAGAACACUCUCUCCAACAGCUACCAGGUUUUCCCUUCCAAGACCAGCCCCCAGGUUUACUCCAGUCCCCCUCCAGGACAGGGGUACUCCCCAGGAUACCCCAACCACAACCCUGCUGCCCCCAACCGACCCAAGCAUACCCUUGUAGCAACUACCCCUAUUAUUACUAGUACUAGUCUCUCUGCCACUGCCCCCACUAAAACUACCAGUGAUGGUGCUACCUCUUCUAAGCAGACCCCAAACAGAGCACAUCCAACUACCAGCCCUCCUGUCUACACCACCACCACCACUACUGCCCUUAGCAGUGGUAAAGAACCCCUCUCUAAAACUGGCUCUGCUGCUGCUACCUCCAAUGUUACAACCCCUGUUAAUACCCCUCCUACCGCUGUGGCCCGGACUGUUAAAGCACAAACUACCACUGCCUUGUGGAACACUGCCCCCACCAAAUCUGCCCCUCCACCUAUUACCGCUGGAACUACAGCCCCCACCAAAUCUGCCCCUCCACCUAUUACCGCUGGAACUACAGCCCCCACCAAAAUGGCCCCCAUCACUACUGCUCUUCCCCUUGCUGAGUUGUCACGACUGCCUGAUGAGGAUCAUUGCAUCAAGAAGCCCCUCUCCAACCUCCAGCCUGAACAAGCUAAACCACCCAAACUCAGAGCUAUACCAGAACCUCCAGCUGAGGUGAGCUCUGUUGAGGUCAUCAGGACGGUGGGACAGAGCAGCCUCAUGAUUGGUUGGGAGAGACCGCCACUGGAUGAGCUGGGCUGCAGCAACGGAACCUUUGUGUAUGGAUACAUGAUCUAUGUAGAAGGGGAGUUCCACAAGUCUGUCAUGAGCUCUGCAUGCACGAAGUGUAUUCUGGAGAAUCUGGAUCUGUCCGGCCAGGUCCACAUCAGUGUUCAGACCCUGGGCUCCAACGGUCUCUAUGCGGAGAAGGUCCACCUCAUCUACAGGGGAAAACACACCCAGUUUAGGACAGAUCACACCCGUGUCAACACAGCUUCUGCUGCUCCCUGCACAGACCCUGCCUACCGAGACUGCAGGACUCCGCCCCCACACCGACACAAUGGCUUCACCCAACCACUUGUGGCCAUCUACAACUACAACCCUCUGAAGGACAGUCCUAACCUCCACCCCAGCAGAGAGCUGGCCCUUAGAGAGGGAGACACCGUCAUGCUGCUAGGCAACCCACGCAACGACGGCUUCUGUCAGGCCGAGGUGAAUGGCAGACGAGGUCUGGCUCCUGUGGCGUUACUAGAGGAAGUUCCUGUUCCAGACAGACAUGUAAGCCCCGCCCCUCCCCAAUCUUCUCCUGAGAGAGGAGCAGAUGAUAGGCCACUGUGCCUGCCAAUCAGAGAGAGAACAAGAUGGGCCGCUGUGACUGUCAAUCAGUGAGAGAACAAGAUGAUGGGCCACUGUGGCUGCAAAUCAAAGAAUGCUUACCUGCAGAGAGAUUAUAGUGGCCAGAGUUAAUGACAUCGUCAAACACUGCCUGCUUGUGACACAAACGUUCAUAACCGCUCGCUGCCCAAAGUAAUUUGAAAUGGAAGGCUACAGUAGAGCAUCAGCCUACAUGUGGGAAGUUGUGUGGCCCAGUUUGACAUUGUGCUUCGAUGGACAGUUCCUUAUAGCCUACAUAAUACUCACUGAGAUUGUCGAAUCACCUCUAACUGUCACCUCUAUCAAAAUUAUCUCUAAUCACCUCUAUCAAAAUCCCUACUGUUCCGUGUGUAAUCUCUCAUGGACAGACGCACGUAAUAUAGCUGCUAUUGUAGUGUCUGUCAACAGACUGUGGGAUGCGACGACUAUCAAGGAACUUGAUCAGUGAUAUUUCAUCACUGAUAAUUUUGGACAAAUUACGAUUUCGCAUCUUUCGAAUUUCGGAAGGGGAGGGAACAUUUGGCCCAUAGACUUGCCUGUAACUUGCAAAGGCGGGUGGAGCUACUGCCCUGCUUCCACUGCUUGCUCUAGUCUCUUUUCAAACACAUCUUCCAACAAUAAUAACACUGGGUUUCCAAGAUUAUUCUGUAUGUGACAAGUGUCAAAAAGGUCAAAGGUUGGCCUAAUGGAUCUGACAACCUGUCUGUUAUCAAGUGCAUUCAUGGUAAUAAAGCUAGGCCAUUUUACUGGAUCCUUUAUCAAGCCAAAUAGGAUAAAAAGAGGUCCAUACCAAAGACUUGGAUAUUUCAGUUCUUUGUCGUUAUACACUGAACAAAAAAUAGCAAUGCAAAAUGUAAAGUGUUGGUCCCAUGUUUCAUGAGUUGAAAUGAAAGAUCCCAGAAAUGUUCCAUUCACAUAAAAAAAUCAUAUCUCCCUAAUUUGGUGCAGAAAUUUGUUUUACAUCCCUGUUAGUGAGCAUUUCUCUUUUGGCAAGAUAAUCCAUCCACCUGGCAGCUGUGGCAUAUCAAGAAGAUGAUUAAACAGCAUGGUCAUUACACAGGUGCACCUUGUGUUAGGG